AACUUAUAAACAUAAUUUUAUCACUAAACCUUAACUCUUAUACAGAAUUCUUUUGUCUAAAAAACGGAAUUAUUAUUAGGUUAGUGUGAGUCCGUGAUAAUUGAGUUGUUGUAAUAUUAUAGGUUUUUCCGUGCUUACGUUUUUAUUAAUCUUUAAAUUUAAAUUUAAAAAUUUAAAAAUUUUAAUAAUGAAUAACAUUGCGACGCAGAGAAUCAAAAGGGAAUUUAAAGAAGUCAUUAAGAGCGAAGAGCUUGCUAAAUGUUCAAUCAAAGUGGACUUAAUUGGUGAUAGCUAUACUGAAUUAAAAGGUGAAAUUGCUGGCCCACCUGAUACACCAUAUGAAGGGGGUACAUUCUUUUUGGAAAUUAAAGUGCCAGAAACGUAUCCUUUCAAUCCACCUAAAGUACGAUUCAUGACUAAAAUAUGGCAUCCAAAUAUUUCAUCCGUCACUGGAGCUAUCUGUUUAGACAUUUUAAAAGAUCAAUGGGCUGCAGCUAUGACUUUACGCACAGUACUGUUGUCUCUGCAGGCACUUAUGGCAGCUGCUGAACCAGACGAUCCACAAGAUGCUGUUGUUGCUAAACAAUAUAAAGAGUAUCCAGAAAUAUUUGCUAAAACAGCUAGCCACUGGACUAAUGUUUAUGCUGGAGGUCCAAAUAAAAAUUCAGAAUUUGACACAAAAAUUCAGCGUCUCAUAGAUAUGGGAAUAGAACGUGAUCAAGCACGCGGAGCAUUAUCUACUUACAACUGGGAUUUGGAACGAGCUACAGAACAACUUUUUAGUUAGGAUGGACUAAUUGUUUUGGGUUAUGAUUAAAACUAUAAAUUUAUCAUUAAAUCAAUGUAAAAUAUUGAACAUUAUAAUGAGUUUUUCUAAACACUGUGUUAUUUAAAAUUUUGUUUUACACAAUUCUGAAUGCAAAGUAAUGUUAAUAGUAUAUUUUUCAAUUAAUUAUUUUUAUUUAUUUUAUAGUUAAGAUGAGGAAAACCUCACUUCAUUGUUUCAUUUUUAUUGUAUGUUUAUUUAUAUGUUUAUAUAUUCUAUACAUAUAUAUUUAUUUAAUAUAAUAUAUGUAUAGGUAUUAUCACAUAUUAGGAAUAAAGACAUUUUUAAAGUCAUAAAUAAUACUAAAAAUAAAUAUCAUUAAUUAUUAUUGAUUUUUUUAAAUAUAUGUUUGAUAUUAUGUCUUA